GAGAGAGAGAGAGAGAGAGAGAGUGAAAGAGUUAGUGAAGUGACUAAGUUUGAACAAAUUUCUUGACGCUUAUAAAUCAAGAAUCUUAAUUUGUAUGCAAAAACAGCAUUCGUGUCUUCUUCAACAAACAAUUAUAUUGUUUUCAUAGUUGACAAGAUGUAUUUUCAAUCUUCUUCACCUUCGAGUCCGAUUCAUGUAAUGCUCGUGUCAUUUGUAGGACAAGGCAGCGUCAGUCCUCUUCUUCGUCUCGGAAAGCUAAUAGCUUCAAAGGGAACCCUCGUUACCUUCGUCACUCCAGAGUUUUGGGCGAGUAAAAUGAGACAAGCCAACAAGAUUGUCGACAGUGAGCUUCAACCUGUUGGUUCCGGUUCAAUACGAUUUGAGUCUUUCGACAAAGAAUGGACAGAAGAAGAUUCCCAGAGAGGUGGAGUACCUUUAUACAUGUCACAUCUCGAGAAUAUCGGAAAACGUGACGUGUCUAAACUCGUGAGAAGAUACGAGGACAAGAACGAGCCCAUCUCAUGUCUGAUCAAUCAUCCCUUCAUUCCAUGGGUCUGCGAUGUGGCGGAAGAGUUCAACAUUCCUUGUGCACUUCUUUGGGUCCAGUCUUGCGUUUGCUUCUCUGCUUAUUACCAUUACCAAAAUGGCGCUGUUUCUUUCCCGACAGAAACAGAGCCUCGACUUGAUGUUAAGCUCCCUUGUGUUCCUCUCUUGAAACACGACGAAAUCCCUAACUUUCUCCAUCCUUCUUCUCAAUUUGCCGGAUUGCGACAAGCGAUUCUUGGACAAUUCAAGAAUUUGAGGAAGCCCUUCUGUGUUCUAAUCAACUCCUUUGAUGCCCUAGAACAAGAAGUGAUCGACUACAUGUCUACUUUAUGUCCAAUCAAAACUAUUGGACCGCUUUCCAUUUUCGCUAAGACGGUGACCUCUGAUGUAAGUGCUGACAUGUGCAAAUCGUCGGAUCAAUGCCUCGACUGGUUAGAUUCAAGACCUAAAUCAUCCGUUGUUUACAUUUCUUUCGGGACGGUUGCAUACUUCAACCAAGAACAAAUGGAAGAGAUCGCUCACGGAGUUUUGAAAUCGGGUUUAUCGUUCUUGUGGGUGAUUAGACCUCCCAUGCAAGCACUAAAUCUCAAGACUAAUGUCUUGCCUCAAGAACUACUAGAUGCGACUAGUAGAGGUAAAGGAAAGAUUGUGGAUUGGUGUCCUCAAGAGCAAGUCUUGGCUCAUCUAUCAGUAAUGUGCUUCGUCACUCAUUGUGGAUGGAAUUCGACAAUGGAGGCUUUGUCUUUUGGAGUUCCAGUGGUUUGUUUACCGCAAUGGGGAGAUCAAGUCACCAACACGGUUUAUCUCGUUGACGUUUUCAAGAUGGGAGUUAGGCUUGGUCGUGGAGCGAUGGACAAUAGGGUUGUAGUUAGGGAGGAAGUGACGGAGAAGCUUUUGGAAGCGACAGUUGGGGAUAAAGCGGAGGAGUUGCGGAAAAAUGCUUUGAAAUGGAAGGGGAAGACAGAAGCCGCAGUUGCUCCUGGAGGAUCAUCAGAUAAGAAUUUAUGGGAGUUUAUGGAGAAGUUAAGUGUGGGAGUUUCAGAGGUUAAUGUACUUAAUUAAUUCGCAAGAAAAACCCAACAUGCAUGCAUAAAAUUAUAGAGGGAGUUGAAAGUAUACCCUACAUAUUAGCCAUGGUGGGUGGAGGUUUAAUUAAUAUGGUAUAAUCUAUUUAAAAUGCUUACUACUAUGAAUAAAAUUAUAAUUUUUUAAAGAAU